UAUUCCAAGAUGUCUUCCGAGGCCCUGUCCAGUCUUACAGUUCUCCUGGACUGCAUUAAGACCCAGAAAGACUGUCCCCAGGCACAGAAACAGGCUCUAGUGGCACUGGCUCACCUCUGUAUGGAGAAUGGAGCAGCAUGCGAGAGACUUGAGGAGAAGGGAGGUUUGAUGUCGGUCCUGCAUCUCGCUGUGUUCACAAAAAACCUGGAGGUGCAACAGGCUGCUUUAUACACACUCAGUUGUGCUGCACAGAUUAACAGAGGUUGCCAGAGUAAGCUGUGUAUCCCCCAAGUCUUCAGCUUCCUGCAGUCCAAACUGUCAGACCAGCUCAGCGCUCCUGAGGUGAAGAGAACAGCAGCCUUCCUGGCAAACUGUCUCACCUCUAACAACAGAGAAGGCCAGAGACUGGCAAGAGAAAGAAGGUGCAUGGUGACCAUGAUCCAGCUCUUCCUGUCUUCGCUCCCCCUGACUUAUGCCACCAACCCCGCUGGCCAGAGUCAGUUGGACAGUCCACAGGACCAGGCCUUCGAGCUGUGGACAGCUGUCACCAACGGGCUGGCUGCAUGUGUCAACAAUCCACAGAAUGAAGAGAAUCAGUUCCUGUGUUCGGGCACGUUUGCUCCUGUAGUGAAGCUGCUGAAUGAUGGCUGCAUCAGCCCGGCUGUACGCCCCAUAUGUUACUACCUGGGCAUGGUCAUAUCUAACAACACCCGGGGUCUGCAAGAGCUUCACCAGCUAAAGGCAGUCCCCCUGAUGGUGCAGCUUCUGUCCCUGAAUCUACAGGAUCCACAGCUUCAGCUACAAGUGCUGCUCACCAUCCUGCACCUCACAGAGAUGAAUAAAGAUAUCCAGCAUCAGCUAAUUUCAGCGGGAGGUCUCUCGGUUGUGCUACACAGUAUGGCGAGGAACCAGAGUGCAGAGUACAACAAAGCUGCAACUUACCUGCUCAAGACUUGUGUACAUCUUGAUGAGAUGUCUGUAUGCAGUUUGCUGAUUGAAGAAGAGAUCAUGUCAAGGAAAGCUGCUGCUGCUGAACACUCAGAAAACACUUCCGUACACACCAGGAACCCAGACUACAGCAAAUGUCCAGGCUGUUCCCACCAGCGUCACCACCCCCAGCUUGACAGCCACACCUACAACCGAGUUGUCCACAGCUCUGUCCACACCUGCCCCUUGCACAGGGCCAUUCUGGACAUGGAGACUGACUAUGUACGCAGAAUGAAGGCCAGAAGGGAUGCACAUAAUUAAAGGAACCAGUUUCCUCUCAUUGCAUUUUGCCCGAAGCACCUUACAAAUGUAGUUCAUGGGUCA